GUCAUGUCAUCUGUCUGUUGUCAUUUUCAUUCUAUUUUCUUUGAUCAUUGUUUUCGUUUUCAUUCCUCAUAUAUUUUUUUAUUCAUGUUUAAACAGAAAUGCAAGACGAAAGCACUGAUAUAACAUUUAGAACAUGGAAUCGAAAUGUAGAUUCCAUAAACAAAAUUGGUUAUAUGGAUGGUAGCUCUGAUGGACAAAAGGCUUCAUUCCAACCUAGUUUCGACUCUGGUUAUGCUCAAGGUUUAAAUAUUGGAAUAAAAUUGGGAUUUCUCAGAGCCAUGUCAAGUGUCCGGAAUGAGCAUAAUACUGAUAACAUACACCUAGGUGAUCAAAGGCAAAUAAAUUGCCACAUUUGCAUUGAUGGUUCCAUUAUACAACAAAAUGUUGGUAAUUUAUAUAACUUGCAGAAAGAGAAGAAUGAUGAAAUGGAAAAAAACAUAAAUAAAAUAUUAAAAACGUAAUAUGUA